GAUUUGAUAGCGGCUGUAGUAACGAGGCGGUCUGGAAACGGGAGGGCGUGUCCUACACUCGGUACGAGGCGCCUUGUUGUGUGUAUUCCCGUGCUCGCAUCGCCAUCUUGUUGCGAUCAUCUUUUACGUAUGCAAGGAUUCGCCUUCGGUUUAUACGUUUUGAAACUUUGCCGUUUUUUAACGGAAAGGGGGGGAUUGUUUUACGCGCGUGGGCAAGCCGUGCACAAGGCCCUCCUGGGGCGCGCUGCUCGUCGUUGUUCCGCGGUCCCGGGAACCGGGUUACCGACCGAGGGGCGCGCGCGAUGAGCAUCGACAUCCUCCUGGAAGCAGCCUGGUACCUGGAUUGGGAAGCCCAGCAACACGCUGCACCCGAGGAGGACCAGCUCGAGCAGAGGGAGCUCUUUGCCCGGGAGGCGGAGCUACGGCGCUCGGAGGUCGUGACCGUGUCGGCCAAGACAGGCGGAGUCCACCCCCACCCGGUCGCCUGGGGCAACGAGCCCCUGCACCUGCAGACGUACCAUGUCCCCGUGGUGGCCCCCCCUCCUCCUCCCCCCUCCCUCCGGGCCCCCCUCGUCUCCCCUGUCCUGGUCCCCGUCCUCACACCCGCCCCCUCGCCGCUGCGUCCCGCCGUCGCUGCGGCCGCCUCCAUCGCCGUGGCGACACCCAUGCUCAACGGCUCCUCCCCCUCUCAUCACCUCCAGCUGCAGCAGCUUCCGCUUCCUCUGCCGCUCGCCAGCGCUAGCCCCCACCCCCUGCUCUCCUCUCCAACUAUAAAGUUGGAGCCCGCCUUCCAGCAGAACGGCGCUGUCCCGCCCCAGCUGCCCCAGCUCCAGUUGCCCUACCAGGCGGCCUUCAGCCCCCCCAGCGGGGCGGCGUCCCCCCUGAUGCCCCCCCACUCGCCUGAGUCCAGGACCAACGGCCUGCUGGACGACAUGCGGGGGGCCGACGGGAAGCGACGGCCGGGGGGGGCGGGAACACGCGAGGUGCACAACAAGUUGGAGAAGAACAGACGUGCUCACCUGAAGGAGUGCUUUGAGACGCUGAAGAAGAACGUUCCGAACGUGGACGAGAAGAAGACCUCCAACCUGAGCGUCCUCCGUGGUGCGCUGCGCUACAUCCAGACGCUGAAGCGCAAGGACAAGGAGUACGAGCACGAGGUGGAGCGGCUGACCCGGGAGAAGAUGGCCUCGCAGCAGCGGCUGGCCCAGCUGAAGAAGGAGCUCGGCCCAUCCAUGGACGCCACGGAGAUGGAGCGGGUCCUGAGGCAGACGGUCCAGCCCGAGGACGACCAGGUGUCCACCUCCACCGCAUCAGAAGGAGAAGAGGACUUGGACCAGGACUUUGAGGACGAGGACAUGCCUGCACCCCUGCCCAGCGAGCCCCCCCCCAUAGCCCCCCCACCCAUCGUACAGGCCCACGCCCUUCUCACACUCCAGCCCGCACCCCUCCCUCUCUCCGGAGUGCUGACCACGCCCCCAAUGGGAGGAGUCCCCGUGCAGUCCCAGGCCCCGCCCCCUCAGGCCAUAGCGCCCGCCCCCCAGGCCAUCGCGCCCCACCCCCCCCCGCAGCCCUCGGCCGCGCAGGCCCAGCCGUCGGUCAUCGCCCACGCCGCCGUCUCCCACCCGUCCGUCAUCCAGGCCGUCCACCACAAACACCUGACCCCCAUCGCCCCCUCGCCCGGCCCGGCCCCCGCCGUGCCCCAGCCGGCGGCGUUGGCGGCGGCGGCGGCGGCGCAGCGCGUCACGGUGACGCACCUGGGCCCCGCGCUCUACCCCCAGGCCCUGACGGUGUCCCAGCACAUCACGCACACCUUCACCCACCACCACCACCCCCACGCCACGCCCAACGGCCUGCACGUGAACGGGGGCCAGACCGCCGUGCUGGCCCCCCACCCACAGCUGGGGGGCCAGACCGCCCUGCUCAACCCCGUCACGCUGGUCAAACUCACUUGAGGGCCCGCGGGGCCGCGGGGGGCUAGGCCCUGGUCUGACGGUGGACCUCUAAGUAGCAGAACACGUCAGACAUGGGACUGGAGGAACACAUUUGGCCAGGGUUCUGUGGAAGGACCUGAAGACGUCCGCAGGCGGUGUUUUUGACCCUGGGCGACGGAGACGCCUUCUCUCGUGGUCUCCUCCUUCCCUCACAACCAGAAGCACUAACAUGACGCUCAUACUCAGGCAUCAAGGAUCUACCUUCAAUAUGUGUUCAUUUGUCGACAGGAGGUGUAGAAAAAAAAGAGUUUAUAAGAGGAGUUUUAUUUUCGUUCUCAUUCGGAUGCGUUCCCACUAGUUGUGUAUUCAGGUAAACGUGACGCAGCUAG